UCACAAGUCUCAGACGCAAUACAAAACACAAUUAAUCUACCAGCUCGAGGCUCUGUAUGGUAAACGAUCAAAGAUGAAUCUAUCUUAUUUAAAAUCUCGACUCUAAAUCCAUCCGACGGCGAAGUUGGCUUAGACCACGAUACUAGUAAAUAUAGGCAACAACAUACUAUACUGUAUUUUCUAGGACGCCAUGAGUCUUGACACCUUCCACUUAUUUCCAUUGCUCCCACCGGAGCUCCGUCGGGCAAUAUACCUCCUAGCCACACCACCUCGCAUCGUCCAUUUGCUAGAAGAAUCGGAACGAGGGGACCUCUUUGAGUCUCGGAUCAAUGACAUCGAAAGUACCCAGUUUAAAUUCCAUUCGUCUUUCUCUGCCUAUGAAGAGGAAUUUCGCUUCAUGGUGUCACUCUACGCCAAACCGAUAAUGCGGGGGGAGAUGGAAAAUGCAUGGUACGGAAUAGGGAUGGAUGAAGAAAUAAGGGAUAUUUUUCCCUCCUGGCUACUUUCCUACGCCCACAUCCUAGAGCGAUUCCUCCGGAAGUGUCGUCUCUACAGCAAAGCGCCUAUCCCUACGCUACUCCAUACAUGCGUAGAGUCGCGCGAUGUGCUGAUCAAUGCUGGCUAUCAACUUGCGUUUGGGACUCGUGAUCAUGAGCCAAUGACGUGGUUUAAUUUUGAAAACGACGUCUUAUGUCCCGACUAUACAGCCUUUUUGAAGGUAGAACCAUACCCGUCAGCUCUGGCCGAGUACUGCGAUUCAAUUGGCUCAAGAAUCGACGAAGAUAGUCUCCGGAAAGUCCGAAGGGUACUCAUUAGUUCAACUUCUCUCCUAUCCCAAUACUGCGCUCCAACUAUUUGGGUUGCUUGCCUGGUUCGGUUAUUGCCCAAGCUUGAUAGGCUGUAUCUUGUCGAAUGGGACGCUGAUCUCUUCUCUGAACGAUUACCGACGUUACCAGAUCCAGACCCCGUCGAUACCAACGAUCAAGAACAAGGCUCCAUCGAUACCUACAAUCGAGAGCUGUGGAAAUACACCCCUGUCGAGGGAAUGGACGUCUUGUUCGAAGCAUAUGGUGGAUAUCCCUACAUCUCUAACGGUCGAUUUAACAGAUGGUGGCAGAACAGGUUGUCUGAAAUUGACAGUAGACCUACCGCCGAACACUUCCAAUCGCUUGUCGAUAGGUCGGCACAAUGGCUUGAAGCUAAAAGAGAUGCGGUCCUUAAAGAGGAGCCAGACGUUGACCCCUGGCCGAUACCUAAGGUUGAAGUCGUACACCUCUGCACGGAGUCUAUAGCUAGACAAUUAUUCAGCGAUCGCCAAGAGGUUUGGAAACGAUACAUAUCAUCAGAAAAGGGCGACUCUGUAUCAACUGAGUUUUAUGAAAAAUGGCCAGUGUCAAAAUUUCCACCAAGUCAAGAACUAAUAAUAGGACCAUGAAAGGUAAUCGAAGAACCUACCUAAGUAGGCGCCUACUAGUAUGUAUGUAUGUAACUAUAGUGAAUAAAGCUCAGCUCGAUCUUGUUUA